AUGUCGAAAAGUAAAUUUCAUUCUGAUUACAUUUGUCGUGUUCGCUACCGCAAUACUUUACCAGCAUUGCCUCAUGCACCAAAAAUGCUUACGAUUCCCUCCCUAAUCAACAGACACGUUGCCUACAGCUCUAAUAAUCUUGUUGAAAAACUACCCUAUCCAUUAAUAAUGGAUCCUGGUCAAACAAUUCCAGCUGAUCAGGCUAUCGUUGACUAUUUAGACGCUAUGGAAACAAACCCUGAUGAUGUUAAUAAUGCUAUAGCAGAAGUAGCAGAAGAGGACAGAAUUUUAUUAACUCGACCCCGCGAUGAGCAAUCCAAAACCAGUAACGGCAGUAGCUCACUAUAUACCCAUAAGAAACCCAAUGUCACAUGGCUUCGCCGCUCUGAGUACAUUUCCGCCGCUCAUGACACACGUUCAACACCCAUUCGUAAAGAAGGUGUUGAAAACAAAUUUGCGAUGUCUGCAGCUGCAGCAAAGAAGCACAGUUAUAAUACGCGUCAAGCACAAAUUGCUGGUAUCGAAAAUACUUUCAAACGUCCUGAAGUAGAAAACUUGCGACAUCCUCAAACAAAAGCAAAAGCAGUCAAGACUACCCCUCUGUUGCCGGAUAUGGAGUGCUGGGAAAAUAUAUAUACAAUUGGGCAGUUCAAUACAGACCCUGCUGAUGAGAAGAGGUUACAAAAGAGAAAAGCACCAGAGGAAGAGCAGAGCAUCGAAGAGCAGAGCAAUAAGAGAGCUCGUUGGUCAGAAAGAGAUGCAACAGAUCGUGGUAUCUUAAGGCCUAUGGUUAAUCCUCAUGAUCCUGAAGAUACAUACUUAGUAUGGUUCUUGCCUGACGAAGACAGCACAAAGAGAUUAGUGAACCAAAAAGAAUAUCCAUUAGAUGGUCUAUCUGAAGAACCUUUAACUUUCCAUGCUGUGCGUGAUUAUGAAUAUCAAAACGAUACUGGUCUUAAUAAUAAAUACUUGAUGAUCGCCUCUCACUGUGACGAUCUUGGCGAAAAGGCAACUUACUCUCCUAUUAGAAGUAGAAUGAUUGUUCGUAAGAAGAGAGCAUUGAGCUCUCGAUACAAGUACUUGGACGACUAUGAAAAGCCUAAUAUUUUAACGGUCACUUAUCAAAAGGAAUAG